CCGCCGGGACCGCCCGGAGCCGGGAGGCGGCGGCGGGAUCGGCGGGAUCGGCGGCGGGGUCGGCGGCCGGACGCGGGGGCGCCAUGGCCGCAGCCGAGCGCCGCGCCUUUGCGCACAAGAUCAACAGGACGGUGGCUGCCGAGGUGCGGAAACAGAUGUCGCGGGAACGCAGCGGGUCUCCCCACUCCAGCAGGCGCGGCAGCACCAACCUGGGGGUCCCCCUGACAGAGGUCAUCGAGCCCCUGGACUUCGAGGACGUGCUCCUGAGCCGGCCACCAGACGCCGAGCCCGGGCCUCUCCGGGACCUGGUGGAGUUCCCAGCUGAUGAUGUGGAGCUGGUGCUGCAGCCCCGGGAGUGCCGGACCACGGAGCCUGGCAUCCCCGAGGAUGGAAGGCUGGAUGGCCAGGUGAGGGCGGCGGUGGAGAUGUACACUGACGACUGGGUCAUUGUCCGCAGGAGAUACCAGCACCUGAGUUCGGCGUACAACCCCGUCACCACGGAGACACAGCGUGAGUGGCAGAAGGGCCUCACCCACCAGGUCUUUGAGCAGGACGCUGCUGGAGACGAGAGGUCCAGCCCCGAGGACACAGCGGGGGGCUCCAGCUCUGGUUCUCAGUCACACGUGACAGGGAACCCACCUGAACAGCAGGAUGAGCCCCGGCGCUGCUCGGGCUCCCCGGACGACACCCCGCGGGGCAGCGGCGCCUCUGGCAUCUUCGACCUGAGGAACUUGGCGGCCGACUCGCUGCUGCCCUCCCUGCUGGAGCGUGCUGCCCCCGAGGACGUGGACCGGCGGAACGAGGCCCUGCGCCGGCAGCACCGACCCCGCACCCUGCUCACCCUCUACCCGGCGCCUGACGAGGAGGAAGCCGUGGAACGCUGCAGCCACCCGGAGCCACCCCACGAGCACUUUGGACAAAGGAUCCUGGUCAAAUGUCUGUCACUGAAGUUCGAAAUUGAUAUCGAGCCCAUCUUUGGGAUCUUGGCCCUGUACGACGUGCGGGAGAAAAAGAAGAUCUCAGAGAACUUCUAUUUCGACCUGAACUCCGACUCCACGAAGGGACUGCUGCGGGCGCACGGCACCCACCCCGCCAUCUCCACCCUGGCCCGCUCCGCCAUCUUCUCCGUGACCUACCCCUCCCCCGACAUCUUCCUGGUCAUCAAGCUGGAGAAGGUGCUGCAGCAGGGGGACAUCGGCGAGUGCUGCGAGCCCUACAUGGUGAUGCGAGAAGCGGACGCGGCCAAGAACAAGGAAAAGCUAGAGAGGCUGCGCCUGGCGGCCGAGCAGUUCUGCACCCGCCUGGGCCGCUACCGCAUGCCCUUCGCCUGGACGGCCGUGCACCUCGCGAACAUCGUCAGCAGCUCCGGGACGUCGGAGCGGGACUCGGAUUCUGAGGGCGAGCGCCGGCCUGUCUGGUCUGACCGCCGCCGUCGGGGACCCCAGGACCGGGCGAGCAGCGGGGACGACGCCUGCAGCUUUUCAGGCUUCCGCCCGGCCACGUUGACUGUCACCAACUUCUUUAAGCAGGAGGCCGAAAGGCUCAGCGACGAGGACCUCUUCAAGUUCCUGGCCGACAUGCGGCGCCCGUCGUCUCUGCUGCGGCGCCUGCGGCCCGUGACCGCUCAGCUCAAGAUCGACAUCUCCCCGGCCCCUGAGAACCCCCACUUCUGCCUCUCGCCGGAGCUGCUGCAUGUCAAACCCUAUCCAGAUCCCAGAGGCCGGCCCAUCAAGGAGAUCCUGGAGUUCCCCGCCCGCGAGGUUUAUGCCCCUCAUACCAGCUAUAGGAACCUGCUCUACGUCUACCCUCACAGCCUGAACUUCAGCAGCCGCCAGGGCUCCGUCCGGAACCUCGCCGUGCGGGUGCAGUACAUGGCGAGCGAGGACCCCAGCCAGGCCCUGCCGGUCAUCUUCGGCAAGUCCAGCUGCAGUGAGUUCACCCGCGAGGCCUUCACGCCGGUGGUCUAUCACAACAAGUCCCCCGAGUUCUACGAGGAGUUCAAGCUGCGUCUCCCAGCCUGCGUGACCGACAACCACCACCUGCUCUUCACCUUCUACCACGUCAGCUGCCAGCCCCGGCCGGGCACGGCCCUGGAGACGCCCGUGGGCUUUACUUGGAUCCCGCUGCUGCAGCACGGUCGCCUGAGGACGGGCCCCUUCUGCCUGCCCGUGUCCGUGGACCGGCCCCCACCCAGCUACUCCGUGCUCACGCCCGACGUGGCCCUGCCCGGGAUGCGCUGGGUGGACGGCCACAAGGGUGUGUUCAGCGUGGAGCUCACGGCCGUGUCCUCGGUGCACGCCCAGGACCCCCACCUGGAUAAGUUCUUCACCCUGGUGCACAUCCUGGAGGAGGGGGCCUUCCCUUUCCGGCUCAAGGAUGUUGUCCUGAAUGAGAGCACGGUGGAGCAGGAGCUGCGGGCCAGCCUCGCCACACUGCGCCUCGCCAGCCCCGAGCCCCUCGUCGCCUUCUCCCACCAUGUCCUGGACAAGCUCGUGCGCCUGGUCGUGAGGCCCCCGAUCAUCGGGGGGCAGAUGGUGAACCUGGGCCGGGGGGUCUUUGAAGCCAUGGCCCAUGUGGUCAGCCUCGUCCAUCGGAGCCUGGAGGGCACCCAGGAUGCCCGCGGUCACUGCCCGUUGCUGGCCGCUUACGUCCACUAUGCCUUCCGCCUGCCUGGCACUGAGCCCAGCCCCUCGGGUGGGCCCCCCCCAGUGACCCUGCAGCCCGCCACACUGGCCCGCGGCCCCGGCCGCCCAGCCAGCGCCUACCUCACCCGCUCUAAAAGCAUUAGCAGUAGCAACCCCGACCUGGCCGUGGCCCCUGGCUCAGUGGACGAUGAGAUCUCCCGCAUCCUGGCCAGCAAGGCCGUUGACCGCUCGCACUCCUGGGUGAAUUCUGCUUACGCUCCUGGGGGCAGCAAGGCAGUGCUACGGCGGGUGCCUCCUUAUUGUGGGGCCGACCCCAGACAGGCCACCGAAGGCAACUCUGGCCGAGCUUCUGCCUACCUCAAGGGUGCCUCUUCGGCCCCACCAGCCUCCCAGCCGAGACCCACCGCACAGAAGGUAGCAGAGGGCAGGGAGGGGGGCAAAGGGGUCCAGACCUUCGUCCCCCAGAAUCCAGCAGGGUCUGGAGAGCCUGGGGACGGGCACACCAGCCUCCUUCUGUUCCCUUCCUCCUGCCUGGCUCCCGCUGAUCUAACCCUGAGCCUUCCAGCUGCAUCCUUUCGGAGUGGGGGGUACGGGGGCUCCUGGGCUCCCCGUCACCCUGCCCCUUGCCCAUGUCCCCUGCAGCUGCUUCAUGAGGAGCUGGCUCUGCAGUGGGUGGUCAGCGGCAGUGCCGUGCGCGAGGCUGUCCUCCAGCACGCCUGGUUCUUCUUUCAGCUCAUGGUGAAGAGCAUGGCGCUGCACCUGCUCCUGAGCCAGCGGCUGGACCUGCCCCGCAAGCUGCGCUUUCCCGGGCGCUUCCUAGACGACAUCGCCGCCCUGGUGGCCUCUGUGGGCCUGGAGGUCAUCGCCCGGGGCCACAAGGAUGCAGAGCUGGCCGAGCACCUCAACACCAGCCUGGCUUUCUUCCUGGGUGACCUCCUGUCCUUGGCUGACCGCGGCUUUGUCUUCGGCCUGGUCCGGGCCCACUACAAGCAGGUGGCCGCGCGGCUCCAGUCGGCCCCCAACCCGGCGGCGCUGCUGACCCUCCGGCUGGAGUUCACCCGCAUCCUGUGCAGCCACGAGCACUACGUGACCCUCAACCUGCCCUGCUGCCCCCUGUCGCCCCCGGCCUCACCUUCGCCAUCCGUGUCCUCUACCACCUCCCAGAGCUCCACCUUCUCCAGCCAGGCCCCAGACCCCAAGGUGGCCAGUAUGUUUGAGCUCAGCGGCCUGUUCCGCCAGCAGCACUUUCUCGCUGGGCUCCUGCUGACCGAGCUGGCGCUGGUCCUCGAACCCGAGGCCGAGGGGGCCUCCCUGCUGCACAAGAAAGCAAUCAGCGCCGUCCACUGCCUGCUCUGCAGCCACGACACGGACCCCCGCUACGCCGAGGCCACCGUGAAGGCCCGUGUGGCCGAGCUGUACCUCCCGCUUCUCUCGCUGGCUCGGGACACGUUGCCACGGCUGCAUGACUUUGCUGAGGGUCCCAGUCAGCGGUCACGGCUGGCCUCGAUGCUCGACUCGGACACAGAAGGGGAAGGGGACGUGGGUGGAACCAUCAACCCCUCAGUAGCCAUGGCCAUUGCUGGCGGCCCCCUGGCCCCUGGUUCCCGGGGCAGCAUCUCCCAGGGGCCUCCAACCGCUUCUCGCUCAGGCAGUCUCCUCUCUGCGGAGUCGAGCCGGACUUUGCUGGUGUGCACGCUCUGGGUUCUGAAAAACGCGGAGCCAGCCCUCCUGCAGCGCUGGGCCGCAGACCUGACCCUCCCCCAGCUGGGCCGGCUCUUGGACUUACUCUACCUCUGUCUGGCCGCCUUCGAGUACAAGGGGAAGAAGGCAUUUGAACGCAUCAACAGCCUCACAUUCAAGAAGUCACUGGACAUGAGGGCUCGACUGGAGGAGGCGAUCCUGGGCACCAUCGGAGCACGGCAGGAGAUGGUGCGCCGGAGUCGCGAGAGGAGCCCGUUUGGGAAUCAGGAGAAUGUUCGGUGGCGGAAGAGCGUCACCCACUGGAAGCAAACCUCGGACCGUGUGGACAAGACCAAGGAUGAAAUGGAGCACGAGGCCUUAGUGGAUGGGAACCUGGCAACGGAGGUGAGCCUGGUGGUUCUGGACACGCUGGAGAUCAUCGUGCAGACGGUGAUGCUGUCAGAAGCCCGAGAGAGCGUCUUGGGCGCGGUGCUGAAAGUCGUGUUGUACAGUCUUGGCAGCUCCCAGAGUGCUCUGUUUCUGCAGCACGCCCUGGCCACACAACGGGCCCUGGUGUCCAAGUUCCCGGAGCUGCUCUUCGAGGAGGACACGGAGCUUUGUGCCGACCUCUGCCUGAGGCUCCUGCGCCACUGCGGCAGCCGCAUCAGCGCCAUCCGCACACACGCCAGCGCCUCGCUCUACCUCCUCAUGCGCCAGAACUUUGAAAUCGGCAACAACUUUGCCCGCGUGAAAAUGCAAGUGACCAUGUCGCUUUCGUCCCUGGUGGGCACGACGCAGAACUUCAGCGAGGAGCACCUGCGACGGUCACUCAAGACCAUCCUCACCUACGCCGAGGAGGACGUGGGGCUGCGGGACAGCAACUUCGCCGAGCAGGUUCAGGACCUGAUGUUCAACCUGCACAUGAUUCUCACUGACACGGUGAAGAUGAAGGAGCAUCAGGAAGAUCCCGAGAUGCUCAUCGACCUCAUGUACAGGAUUGCCCGGGGCUACCAGGGCUCCCCGGACCUGCGGCUGACGUGGCUGCAGAACAUGGCCGGGAAGCACGCGGAGCUUGGCAACCACGCGGAGGCCGCCCAGUGCAUGGUGCACGCCGCUGCCCUGGUGGCCGAGUACCUCGCCCUGCUCGAGGACAGCCGCUACCUGCCCGUGGGCUGCGUCUCCUUCCAGAACAUCUCGUCCAACGUCUUGGAGGAGUCGGCCAUCUCCGACGACAUCCUGUCCCCGGACGAGGAGGGUUUCUGCUCCGGGAAGCACUUCACGGAGCUGGGGCUCGUGGGGCUGCUGGAGCAGGCAGCUGCCUACUUCACCAUGGGCGGGCUCUACGAGGCAGUGAACGAGGUAUACAAGACACUCACCCCCAUUCUGGAAGCUCAUCGCGACUACAAGAAGCUGGCCGCCGUGCAUGGCAAACUGCAGGAGGCCUUCACCAAGAUCAUGCACCAGAGCUCCGGCUGGGAGCGUGUAUUUGGGACGUAUUUCCGCGUGGGCUUCUACGGCGCGCGCUUCGGCGACCUGGACGAGCAGGAGUUCGUCUACAAGGAGCCCUCCAUCACGAAGCUGGCGGAGAUUUCCCACCGGUUGUUGGAGUUCUACACGGAGCGGUUCGGGGAGGACGUGGUGGAUAUCAUCAAAGACUCAAAUCCCGUGGACAAGUCCAAGCUCGAGCCGCAGAAGGCCUACAUCCAGAUCACCUACGUGGAACCCUACUUUGACACCUACGAGCUCAAGGAUCGGGUGACUUACUUCGACCGCAACUACGGGUUGCGCACGUUCCUCUUCUGCACGCCCUUCACCCCCGACGGGCGCGCGCACGGGGAGCUGCCCGAGCAGCACAAGCGCAAGACGCUGCUGAGCACGGCGCACGCCUUCCCGUACAUCAAGACGCGCAUCCGCGUGUGCCACCGAGAGGAGACGGUGCUGACGCCGGUGGAGGUGGCCAUUGAGGACAUGCAGAAGAAGACACGGGAGCUGGCUUUUGCCACCGAGCAGGACCCACCGGACGCCAAGAUGCUGCAGAUGGUGCUCCAGGGCUCCGUGGGGCCCACGGUGAACCAGGGUCCCCUGGAGGUGGCCCAGGUGUUUCUGACCGAGAUCCCAGAAGAUCCCAAGCUUUUCAGGCAUCACAACAAGCUGCGGCUGUGCUUCAAGGAUUUCUGCAAGAAGUGUGAGGAUGCACUGCGGAAAAACAAGUCACUGAUUGGGCCAGACCAAAAGGAGUACCACCGCGAGCUGGAACGCCACUACUGCCGCCUGCGAGACGCCCUGCAGCCCCUGCUCACCCAGCGUGUGCCCCAGCUGCUGGCACCAGCCACGCCUGGCCUCAGGAACUCCUUGAACAGAGCAAGUUUUCGGAAGACAGAUGUCUGAGCCCACCGGGGCUGAAGCUGCACCUAGAGGAACUAACAUCCUGGCCCCAGCCAACUGUGUGCCUUCCUGGGGUGGCCAUGGAGCUGACAGGGCAGGGCCCUCUGUCCCUGUCUGUCUGUCUGUUCCCGUCUGCAUGCACUGAUGCUUUCUACCUUUUUUCUAAUUUAAAAUGUUUUUUUUAUAAGCAA